AUGCUUCGUUUGAGGAGCCCGACCUUCUUGAUGAAGAUGUUGACUGGAGCCUCGUCGCUUACGCAGCGCAGAUCGCGGAGACCUCUGGCGAACAUAGUCCAGCUAAACACACCACCCCAACUUCAUACACUGCAUCGAAUCGAACUGUUUUGGCCAGAUCGCCAUUUCCAGUAA